UUACUGUCUCAAUGCAAUCUGACCAUGCAAGACGAAGCCACUGCCAGCGACCAAAACCAACCCAGCAAAAAUGACCACAACAACAAAAACAACAACAACAACAACAACAAUCAGAACAACGACGACUUCAAUAUGCACAGAGAGAACUGCGCUUGUGAUUUAAGCCUAGGUCUGGAAUAUACAGAUGAUGAAUUCGAUUGUUUAGAAGCGUUACUCCUGGCUCACCUUCAAUUGUCCCUGCGCAGUGGCCAAAGCGUUGGCAGUCAGAUGGGUGGUGUGGCCAAUGGUGGUCAUCUGCUUGGUCUUGUUGCAUUCGCACGUAAAAUAGCUCGUGUGCUUCUUUCACUCUCCUUGCUGUGCUGCAUACUAUUCCUAAGCUUCUAUCUGGGUAGCAACUAUGACGGCCACAAUGAAGGCGGUGUUCACAUCGCUUCGUCAACAACAAUAACAACAACAACAACCACCACCGACCUAUCUCUGGUCGAUACCAGCAUCAAUUCAGCGGCAGCAUCAGCAGUUCAUGGCAAUCAACCAGCAGAAUCAUAUUCCAUGUAGUCGGAAAAUAUAUAUAUAUAUAUAUGUUGAUAUAUAUAUAUGCAUAUACUUAUACAAAAUUACUAUAUAGAUGAGCACAUAAAUUAGUAUUGUAUUUUAAAUUGAGUAAAUGGGCAGCCUCCAACCCGUUUGCAUUUAUAUGAUUCACAUAUUUGCUUUUUGCAUGGGCUAGAGAUGCUCGAGUCGUGAA